GAGAAGUCUGGCGCCCGGUAGAUAUUUCCCAGCAUGCAGCGCUCCGCCUUUCUCUUCCUGGCUCCAAGAUGCCGAAAGGAAAGAAGGCGAAGGGGAAGAAGGUGGCGCCGGCCCCUGCUGUAGUCAAGAAGCAGGAGGCCAAGAAGGUUGUCAAUCCACUCUUCGAGAAGAGGCCCAAGAACUUUGGCAUCGGACAGGAUAUCCAGCCCAAGAGGGACCUCACCCGCUUUGUGAAAUGGCCUCGCUACAUCAGGCUGCAGCGCCAGAGGUCCAUUCUCUACAAACGCCUGAAGGUUCCUCCUGCCAUUAACCAAUUCACUCAGGCUUUGGACCGCCAGACAGCCACACAGCUUCUGAAGCUGGCACACAAAUACAGGCCAGAAAAUAAACAAGAGAAGAAGCAGAGGCUGCUGGCUCGUGCUGAGCAGAAGGCUGCUGGAAAGGGAGAUGCUCCGACCAAGCGACCGCCGGUGCUCCGAGCAGGUAUUAACAGUGUCACAACUCUGGUAGAGAACAAGAAAGCUCAGCUUGUGGUCAUUGCCCACGAUGUGGACCCCAUUGAGCUGGUGGUCUUCCUGCCCGCUCUAUGCCGCAAGAUGGGGGUGCCCUACUGCAUCAUCAAGGGCAAGGCCAGGCUGGGCCGUCUGGUCCACAGGAAGACCUGCACCUCGGUGGCCUUCACUCAGGUUAACCCGGAGGAUAAGGGAGCCCUUGCAAAGCUGGUGGAGGCUGUGAAGACCAACUACAAUGACAGAUACGAUGAGAUUCGUCGCCACUGGGGCGGGAACGUUUUGGGGCCCAAGUCGGUGGCUCGCAUCGCCAAGCUGGAGAAAGCCAAGGCUAAAGAACUGGCUACUAAGCUGGGCUGAAGCUGUUCUGCAGUGCCACCACCUUUCUGUACAUAAAGAGAAUAAACCCCCAGAGUGGUUGUCUCAGUGCUCUGUCCA